AUGAGUUCUACUCCACUAUUGGAGGACCACGUCCUUGUAACCCUAACCUUCUCCAGCCAGAGAAUCUUGAAUUUAGGAUUUCUCUGGAAUACUGCAAUCAACCAUCAUCAACAUGAAAAUGCAGAUAGUGAUGUUGGUUUUUCCAAAAGUGUGAAAUAUCAUUCUGAUACAGAAUGCAAUUUUAAUUCUAGCGUAGUGUCAAAGAAUUAUCAGCAUAUUUUGGCCUUGGCAUUUGCAGUAAAGGAGAUCAAUGACAACCCUCAGAUCUUACCCAAUAUCACCUUGGGCUUCCACAUAUAUGACAGCUAUUUUAAUGAAAAGUUGACCUACCAUGCCACAAUGCUCAUCUUAUCUUCGUUAGAGAGGUUUUCCCCCAACUACGUCUGUGACAUACAGCAUAAUCUGACAGCGGUCAUCGGGGGACUGGAUUCCGAAAUCUCUGUUCUUGUGGCAAAUAUUCUGGAUAUCUAUAAGAUUCCACAGCUGGUAUAUGGUUCAAAUCCCGUGAUGAAUGAUAAAACUCCAGGGCUUGAUUUUUACCAAAUGACCCCUCAGGAAACCCUUCAGUAUACAGGGAUACUCUCUUUGCUUCUUCAUUUUAGAUGGGUGUGGAUUGGGGUUGUAGUCGCGGAUACUGACCACGGAGAAAGAUGUGUGCAAAUUAUCAUUCCACUGUUCUCUCGGAGUGGUGUCUGUUUUGCCUUCAUAGAAAGAAUCCCCAUGUUAAUUUCUUUCAAUGAAAUUGAUGAAAACCUGGAAAAAGGCGGUAAAUUACAUAAUGAAAUCAUGAAUAGUAAAGCCAACAUAGUGGUUUUUUAUGGAGAAUCAAAUGCCAUGAUAUAUUUGAGAUGGUUUCCAUAUCUGUCAAAACAAGAACGUGAGACAAGCAUACCGAGAGGGAAAGUUUGGAUUCUUACAGCCCAGAUGGAGCUUACAUCAACAGUCUAUCAAAGGAAUUUUGAUACAGAAAUAAUCCAUGGUACUCUAGCCUUCAAGAUUCAUUCCAAAGAUGUACCAGAAUUCCAGUCUUUUAUUGAGAGCAGAAAUCCUUCCAUCCCUAAAGGAGAUGGGUUCAUCAGGGACUUCUGGCAGCAGGCCUUUGGUUGCACAUUCUCAAAAAUGGAUGUAGGUAAUGUGGAUGGAUACAUUUGCACUAGGGAGGAGAAGCUAGAAACCCUUCCAAAACCCUUCUUUGAAAUGAGCAUGACAGGCCACAGCUACAACAUCUACAAUGCUGUCUAUGCUGUGGCCCAUGCUUUACAUGCAAUGUCCUCAUCUAGAGUCAAGCACAGUGCAAAUCUGGAUGGAGCGAGAAUGAAACUACAGAAUCAAGAGAUAUGGCAGCUCCAUCACUUUUUGAGAUAUGUUUCAUUUAACAACAGUGCUGGGGACGAGAUCUCCUUUGAUAAUAAUGGGCAGUUACUAGGUGGAUUCGAUGUCAUCAACUGGGUGGUUUCAUCCAACCAAUCCUUUCACAGAAUAAAAAUUGGGAGGAUGGAUCCACAGGUUCCUCCAAAUGAAGCGUUCACCAUCAAUGAAGAGGCCAUAACAUGGCAUUACUGGUUUAACCAGGCCCAGCCUCUUUCUACAUGCAGUGAGAGCUGCCAUCCUGGUUCUAGCAAGAAAGUGAAAGAAGGGAAGCCAUUUUGCUGCUACAAUUGCAUCCCAUGUCCAAAAGAGAAAAUAUCAGACAAGGAGGAUAUGGAUGACUGCAUUAAAUGCACAAAUGAAAAGUACCCAAGUAAGAAUCAGGAUACAUGCAUUCCAAAAAUUGUAACCUUCUUGUCUUAUGAAGAACCUUUGGGGCUCAGUUUAGGCUGCAUUGCUCUUUCCUUUUCUUUGAUCACAGCUCUGGUGCUGGGGACCUUUAUGAAGCACCAUGGGACUCCCAUCGUCAUUGCCAACAACAGGGACCUCACCUACACUCUCCUCGUCUCCCUCCUGCUCUGCUUCCUUUCUGCAUUGUUGUUCAUUGGCCAACCUCAGAAAGUGACGUGUCUCCUCCAACAAGCUGUUUUUGGCGUCAUCUUCUCAGUGGCUGUUUCUUGUGUAUUGGCAAAAACCAUCACAGUAGUUCUAGCUUUCAUGGCAACCAAGCCAGGAUCAAGAAUGAGGAGGUGGGUGGGGAAAAGGCUGGCCACCUCCAUUGUUCUUUCCUUUUCCUUUAUUCAAACUGGCAUUUGUACUGUGUGGCUGGUGACCUCUCCCCCAUUCCAAGAUGUAGACAUGCACUCAAUGGUUGGAGAACUUGUACUGAAAUGUAAUGAAGGGUCUGUGAUCAUGUUUUACAUUGUCCUUGGCUAUAUGGUCUUCCUGGCAAUUGCCAGCUUCACAGUGGCUUUCUUUGCUAGGAAACUACCUGAUAGUUUCAAUGAAGCCAAGUUUAUCACUUUCAGCAUGCUGGUCUUCUGCAGUGUGUGGCUAUCCUUUGUGCCAACUUACCUCAGCACAAAGGGGAAAUACAUGGUUAUUGUGGAGAUCUUCUCUAUCUUAGCUUCCUGUGGUGGCCUUCUGGGCUGCAUCUUUUCCCCCAAAUGUUACAUUAUUGUGUUUAAACCUGAGUUGAACAUCAGGGAACAGCUCGUAAGGAGUAAACAGUGA